ACAGGUUUGAAACGAGCAAAUAAUGAAAAUGUUUGUGUGAACUAUCCCUUUAAAGAUUCGUUCAAAAACGCUUAUUCACUCACGAACGAAACGCAACUAUAUUGAAAAACAAACCCAAGCAAGGUACUUUUACUAAUAAAGAUAAUAUUUCAAUGUCUGCCUGCUAGGCUGAAAAACAUUAUGACUUAACUACAUUUCCCAGAAUCCUUACUUCCUAUACUUUCAUCACUCAUUGCCCAACCCUCCAUUCCUUAUGUGGUGGAUCCUCCGGACCGAAACGGAGCGACGCUAGCAACCAUGGCAGACACAGAGGACCCGGGUCCAGGUGCGGCCAGUGAGCCGGACACCCCGCGCACAACCCGGCCACACUUCGUCUCGUUCAGCGAGACCGUUCAGCCAGCAGUCGGGAUGGUUAGCCAACUACUGAGCCAGCAGUCGUCCCUAAAGUUCGACAAAAACAUCAAACAGGCCUUCUACAACACGGGAGCGAUGAUCUUCGUGGCGAUCUGUUGCGGAGCAUCGGUGUUGGUUUAUUUCAUCCUGGAGGCUUUUCUACGGCCACUGCUGUGGGCAGUGCUGUGCGGCACUUUCCUGCACCCGUUUAAAUUCUCGCUCGCCCGACUCGGCCGCUCUUGGCUCAGUAGGCUGCAGGACAGCGGAACGCCGAUAGUGGUGGGGACUCUGCUUGUACCGGUGUGGUGCGUGAACUACGGGGUGGAGACUCUGGGCGAACUGGUCAUAAAUCGGCUCAAUGUACUGCUGGCGGUUGGGGCUGGUGUACCCCUGCUUUAUUUCUUAUAUCUGUUCUGGAGCGUCAUUGGCAUGCAGGUGAUCCUCAGUCACAUCUGUACCAUCAUCUGUUUCGGCCUGGAUUGUUUCAGCGCUGCGUGGGUUGGCACGUUAGUUGUUGGCUAUGUGUUGGCUGUGGCCUUUAAGUGGACACCUAGCAUGGAAGGUUACUUGCGUUCCCUGUCUGUGCCUGUAUGGACAGCACUUAUUUUCUACCUGGUCUCUUUGACAGGGUCAUGGCGGGUGCCUGUGUUUGUUGUGGUGGUGCUACUGCUAAUAGUGGGCUCUCAGGAGAAGCCUGUUGUUCCAGGGAAAGGCCAGCUGUCUGGUCAGGUUCUCUCCUUUGCUGCUAAUACAAUCUUUAUGGCAAUCUCCUGCAGUAACGUCAGCCAUGCUGAGAAGAUACAGGAAGAGACAAGUACCAAAGAACAAUCCAAAGAAUUUAUGGACUCCCCAAAGGUGGUCUUCAGCCGGAGUCGAAGCAGGCUAGAGUUCAGGGGUCUCCAGCCCAAAGAGAAGGCCAGUGAUAUCUACUUCGUGCUGCUUGCGUGGGCUAUAGUGUUGGUGCAGAUCUGGCUCAACCUCUGGAUCUUACAGUUAUUGCCUAUCCCUGUUGCUGUUUGGGUCCUGAAGAAGAUGUUUGUCCGUUUUGGAAUGAAGGACUUCAUUGGACGGACUCUAGUGAAAUGGUGGUCGGUUUCUGAGAAGUUUGUCAAAGACAGACAGGAUGCUCUGCUGCCUGGACCGAUCAAAGGCUUAGCUCAGUUCUUGCUUCGGGUGGACACUAAGCUCUGGCAUUGGCUUAACAAGCAGAUGAUCGUGUGGCUGGAGCGCUCCUUGGAUAAGCUUAUUAGUAUUUUCAUUAUCUUCCUGCUGGUAACCGGCACACUGCUCAUGGCCUUGCUGCUCACAGCUAUGGUGCACCAAGAGAGUGUUCAUAUCAUAGAGGUCACCAGUAACCUGAUCAACGAGACUGUGUCCAACCACCCAGAGUGGGCCAAUUGGCUCCCAGAGGCCCAGGUUGUUCAGAAAGCUCUAAACUCUGCUGCCACAAAUGUUUAUCAACACGGGAGAGAAUGGAUCACACAUAAGCUUCAUAAGAUGUUGGGUGAUAAAGUAAACAACACGGCUGUGAUCGAGAAACAAGUUCUAGAGUUGUGGGACCGCCUCUAUCAGUCCUGGAUUGUUAAGAAUGUGACUCAUACUGGGCGGCACCGUGGACACAAGCUACAUCUGCACAGGCAGAACAGCUGGCUAGGGGACAUACUGGACUGGCAGGACAUCGCCUCAUUCGUGCAGGAGAACAUUGAGACUCUGCUCUCGAUAUUGGAGUCUCUGUGGGUGGUGAUGAGUCGAAAUGUUGGUUUGCUGAUAUCCACAACAACCACGCUGCUCACUGUACUGUUUCACAGCGGCACCGCACUGCUCAACUUUGUUCUGUCUCUGGUGAUUUUUCUGACCACGCUUUUUUACCUGCUGAGCUCCAGUGGUGAAUAUUAUAAACCUGUGAAAUGGGUGAUCAGCCUCACACCCCUCUCCCAACCUGGACCCUCUUCAAACGUUAUCGGCCAGUCUGUGGAAGAAGCCAUCAGGGGUGUGUUUGAUGCCUCUCUGAAGAUGGCUGGAUUUUAUGGCCUUUAUACUUGGCUUACACACACAAUAUUUGGCAUCAACAUUGUCUUCAUCCCCUCAGCAAUGGCAGCUAUCUUAGGUGCGGUGCCAUUUUUGGGGACGUACUGGGCGGCACUGCCAGCGGUGUUGGAUUUGUGGUUGGCCCAGGCGGAGGGAGUCAAAGCUCUGCUGCUGCUCUUCUGCCAUCUGCUGCCAACAUAUUUUGUUGAUACGGCCAUAUACUCCGAUAUAUCAGGAGGUGGACACCCGUAUUUGACAGGCCUCGCGGUAGCAGGUGGAGCGUACUAUUUGGGUUUGGAGGGCGCCAUCAUUGGGCCCAUCCUGUUGUGCAUAUUGGUGGUGGCGUCCAACAUCUACAGUGCCAUGCUAAUGAGCCCUAGCAGCAGCCAGGCAACUCCAGUGCAGAGCCACUUCCCUGUACAUCAUGGCAGGUCAUUCGCAGAAACCCCAAUGCAGCUGAAGAGAAGCAAUGAAUAAAAGAGAAGUUUAACAAGCCUUUUACACUUGCUAACAGCACACAUCACUCUGGGGUAUCUCAUACAGCACUGCAAGACUAUAAAAGAGGAAGCUUACGGAUACAGAAACUUUCCGUAUCUUCACCCUAAGGGUUCACGCAGCGACAGAACUGCUACGUUCUCUGCUAAUGUGGCUUUCAUAGCACAUAGCUUAAUCAUGCCCCUUGUUGUCACCCUCUGUGCUAAUAGUUCAUUUAGUACUUAGCACUGUGAUGCUAAAUUCCGGCCACAAAAAAUGCUACACCACUUGCACUCUCCAGUGCAAAGUUUAGUUAGCACGCUUGUGCUUUGUCUAGCACUGUACUGGUGCUGUGACGCUACCUUCAGUUAACACACUGACAAUACUACAUGUUUACAUCAUGCUUUACUGUAACAGCUCACCAGGGUCCCAGUCAUCGGACCAUGUUUUCAGGCUAGAGAUCACUGAUAUUUUUUGUUUAUCUGGUUAUACUGAUAAUUUAUCCCAUAUUGUGGAUGUUUGGCACUGUUGUCAUGUAAAUGGUUAUGUGUGUGAAUGAAAGGACGUUACUCUUAGAUUUUACUAUUCAAGCAUUUGUUUAAAGUGUUAUAUCUUUCUGUUUUCAUACAUAUACAGUCUGUGUUCCUGGAGAUCUAGCUUCCUGUGGAGUUUAGUCCCAAACCUGCUCAUUCACAACUGCCUGCAGAAUUAAGUGAAUCUUUUGUUCCUUUAGGUUUGUUUGAUUUGAUCAAGCAUUUGAAUGAACUCUACAGGAUGUUCUCCAGGAGUAGGACUGAACAGCGCUGACUGACCUAUACAAAUAUCCUUAUUCAGGAGGAGUAUUUGUUUAUGAACAAAUUCUAUAUACUGAAACGUAGCUUUAUAACAAUGUGAAACUAACCUAAGUAGUCUGUUUGCAACACACUUCCACAUUUGUCUUUUUUUUUUUUUUUAAACCAGCUUGCGAUCAUAUUACCUCAAGUGACUUAAUGAAUUUUUUUCUGGUUUAGUUGGCCAUACGUGAAGUACAUUAUGAUAUGUAUGUACUAUUGUUUUUUACAUAUGUAUUUCUUAAUCUGUGUUGGAUUUUAUUUUAUUUCUAUUGCAUAACUUCCUGCUUAGGAAUUAUGUUAAAAUCCCUGUUUUGUACUAAUGUGGCUAUUCCUCCUUGUGAAUACAGUAGUAUUUGCUCUAUGUAUUGUUUAGUGAUCAAACAUUGGAAAUAAUCAUGUUUUAACCAGUUAGCAGAGGCACACAGGUAGGUAGAGCUGAAGGCAAAGAGAAUGAUUAAAUGCGACUGGCUGCUUGUUUACAGAUGAGAGAUGCCUGUAAGUCAAGUUUGAAUGCAUUGCACUGAAUAGAUAAAGCACUCACUGCUGUUUCCCAGUGUUACAGGGGUUUUUUUUUUUUUUCCUUCUUUAUUUUGCCUAGGUUAUUCAGAAAGCCUGUUCACAUGUUCUGCUAAAGAUGUCACUGAAGAGUGAAAGUGGAUGCACUUUUUUAUUUAGGUUCAUGCCAAAUAAGAGGAAUAUAUAUAUAUAAAAAUAUGUAUAUAAAGCAUGGUUUUGUUUAGUUUUUUUAUUGUGUGAAAUACAAAAAGAGUGUUUUGUUCAUAUGCUGAAGAACUAAUAAAUUGUUUUAAUAAAACUGA